AUGUCAUUGAAUAUUGCUCUCCAGUCAGUUGUAUUCUACGUCUUAUCGUGCUCAACCUGCGCUAAAUUCAAUCAUCGUCAAAGAAUAAAGACCCAGGCAAAGCGCGAGAGAGCUGAGAAGGAUGCAUCACAAGCAAAGAAUCCUGAAUUAUACCGGCAUCCAUCACCAUUUUCUACGAACCAAUAUUGGAGUGAGGAUAUAUUGAUGGGCCCUAGGCUAGCGAGAAAAAAUGAUAGAGGGUGGCCUAAGAACAGAGCUCAUCAGAUACCUGAGGUCGAUGAUAAGACUAGUAGCUACGCCGAAAGUAUAUCGAAGAACUCAGAAACUCCAAGUACACCAACAGUUAUGGCAGAAUUUUCUCGAAUAUCUCUUGAAGGCUGGAAUAUACAACGCUACCAAAGAGAAGAUGAGCUCUUGUGGGGAGAUCAUGAACUUCCAAGUACAGUACCAAGAACUCAUGAGACACGCACGCAAAAUACCCCAAGGCCUGAUCAGCUUUCAGAAAGCGAUGUAUACAUGAUUGGUCUGACAAAGAAAAAUGGGGUCGAAAGCCCCACUCCGAAUUAUCACAUACGGAAUCCACCCGUAAACGAUUUACACCCUCCUAUAGUUAGCAUGUCACCUUUAAGUAUUGGAGAGACCCGAUGGAUGAUUCAACCACCUCCAAAUGCGAAGCUUAUGGAGGGCAAAGAGAUUGUCUAUCAGAGUCGAUCCAGCAGCAGGAAUAGUUUCCCAAGAGUUGGUGGGGAAACCACCACGUUAAAUCGAUAG